AUGCAGCGCACCGUUGACGAUACAAAAGUGCCCAACACGCCCUUCAUAUCGUUCCAGCUCUCCAUGGACGGGCCUAGUAUCGUAAUUAACGAGUCCUAUUUUGGGUAUUUGUACGACCCGGCUUUUGGCGCACGAGCAUUCAGAAAGGCCGUGGCAGACCGCAGAGGCUGGGUCGAGGCACUGAAGGAACAAUUUCCUCUUCUCCACAAUUUGAACAAUGCCACCGAAGAAGAGUGGAAUGACUUUUGCUCGUCAAGGUAA